AUGCGACUCGAAGGACCAAAAUGGGGAGUUUUAGCAAAUUGGCUCACUGUAAAACCCGAUUUAGACGCUGAGGAAAUCUACAUUCAAAUAGUUAACGAUAAUAACACAGACGAGAAUAAAAUAGAAGUGGAAGAGUUGGAAAACGUGCCAUUUUCCGAAGAGAUAAAGGAGGAGGAGGAGGAAGAGGAAGAUGACGAAGAAAACGAACUCGAGGAAGGAGACCUUGACGAAAGCUCUUCAUCCCCCAAACCACUAGCAGGAAAACGUUCGUGCAACGUCUGCAAACAAUCCUAUAAAUUCCUCAGUCGCCACCUAGAAAAACACGGUUCAGAGAACUGUAUGGACUGCCUCCUCAACUUCCCCACCAGCGAGAAACUCGCGGAACACAUGCAAGAGGUCCACAACGCCUCCACGAAUUACCAAUGCGAAGUGUGCGAUCUCACCUUCUCCUCCUUAGUACAACUAGGGGUGCACACGUUUAAACACACUAAAACCUACAGCUGCCCCCUGUGCAACUACACCGCCAAAGGUAAUCACAAACACUCCCUGAUAAAUCAUAUUAAGAGACACGAAGGGAAGUACUCGGUGUUCUGUGAUAUUUGCGGCAGGGGGUUCUUCGAUAAGAAUAUUCUGGCCAGUCAUAUGGAGAUCCACGAGGAUAUUCCCAAGUAUGAGUGCGAGUUUUGCAAGAAGAAGUUUACUGUGAAAAGAUACCUUGAAGUUCACAAGUCUCUUAAUCACAAAAAAGAACUGUUCGGAAUCGAAGAGUCGUUCCAGUGCGAAAUCUGCGGCAGGAACUUCACUUUCGAGAAGAGUCUAAUCAGGCACCUGAGCGCCAUCCAUAAAAUAGGCGAGGACCGAAGGGUGAACUGUCCAGUGUGCAAUAAAAAAAUCGCCAACAACCAUAACUUGAAAAAGCACAUGCGCACCCACACGGGCGAGAAGCGCUUCUGCUGCGACGAGUGCGGAAAGGCUUUCUCCGAGAAGAAGUACUUGCAGAAGCACCAGGCGGGGCACGUGCGCCAAGAGGAGCGAAAACGGUUGUUUCUGGAACGGGAGAAGGAGAAGGCGGCCAGGACGAGGAGAAUGAACCGGAUUAAUCGGAUGCGACAUCAGCAAAUGAUCCGGGAGUAUCAACCUCCUUCGCCUCUUUCUCCUCCCGUGGCCCAUCCUUCCUUUCAGGAACGACAGGAGCUGUUGCAGCAGCAGCAGCAGCAGUUGUACCAACCCUCGCCUCAAGAAUACUUGAAUAUGAUGUACAGGCAGCAGCUGCUGCAAGGGCUGAACGAUCCUGUGGGACAGGAUCAGGAGGGUUUCGCCUUUUAUUCAUAUGAUGAUGAAUAG